AUGGUGCCUCACCCCCUCGCCAUCCUCACUGAAGAGGAGACCAACAUCGCUCGCGAUGUCAUCAGAUCCCUGCACCCCAACGCCGUCCUUCACUUCCGUGAGAUUUACCUCUCCGAACCCCCCAAGGCAGAGCUGCGUGAGUUCCUGGCACUCGAGCAUGCGGGUCGUUUGAGCCCAACUACUCCUCGUCCGCCUCGUCUGGCUCUGGUCCAGUACGAUGUCGUUGGCGGGGACCGUGUUCAUGUAUAUCAGGAGGCAAAGGUCGAUGUGGGCACGCGGAAGCGUGUGCAACAUCAUAUUGUGGGAAAGGAGCAUUUUGCUGCCUUGACGGUGUCCGAGUUUGAGGAGCUGAUCGAGGCGUGCAUGGCCUCUCCUCUCUUCAAGUCCGCCCUGGCUGAGUUCGACCUCCCAGAAGGCUUCGAAUUGGUCAUUGAGCCCUGGCCAUAUGGUGGUCGCGAUCUCGCCGAUGAUCAUAAGCGAUUCUUCCAGGGUCUGUGCUUCGCCACCAACAAGCGCAAGAACAACGACGAUGCCAACUUUUACUCCUUCCCUCUCCCCAUCAUCCCCGUCAUGGACUACGAGACCCGCGAGAUCAUUCGAGUCGACCGUCCCGCAACUGGAGGAAAAGGUGACGGCCUUCAGGACCAGACCUUCAAGCGCGAUAUCAUCGGACACUGCAAGGACUCGGACUACGUCCCCGAGCUACUUCCCCAAGGAACGAGAAAGGAUCUUAAGCCUCUCAACGUGCUCCAGCCCGAGGGUCCUUCAUUCCGUAUUACCAACGAGUCUCUUGUCGAGUGGCAGAAGUGGCGGUUCCGUGUGGCUUUCAACCCUCGCGAGGGUGCCACGAUCCACGAUGUCUGGUAUGAUGGCCGGAGUGUCAUGUACCGUCUGGCGAUUAGUGAGAUGACUGUACCUUAUGCCGAUCCUCGGCCUCCUUUCCAUCGUAAGCAGGCGUUCGACUUCGGUGACGGCGGUGGCGGAAACAUGGCCAACAACCUGUCUAUUGGUUGUGACUGCUUGGGUGUCAUCAAGUACUUCGAUGCUGUCCUCACCGGACCUGAUGGCACCGCUCAGAAGCUGCCUAAUGCGAUCUGCUUGCACGAGCAGGACAACGGCAUUGGCUGGAAGCACUCUAACUGGCGUACUGGUCGCGCGGUCGUAACUCGUCAUCGUGAGUUGGUCGUCCAGUUCAUCAUCACGCUAGCCAACUACGAAUACAUCUUCGCCUACAAGUUCGACCAGGCUGGUGGUAUCACCGUGGAGUCUCGUGCCACCGGUAUCCUCAACGUGGUGAACAUUGAUGCUGGCAAGACUAGCGAGUACGGAAACGUCGUGAGUGGCGGUGUUUUGGCUCAGAACCACCAGCACAUCUUCUGUGUCCGCAUGGACCCGGCUGUGGACGGUGAAAACAACUCUGUUGUGGUCGAGGAAUCCCACCCGGUCCCCAUGAACGAGGCUACCAACCCCAUGGGCAACUUUUACCAGGUCACCAACACGACCGUGCAGCGCGCCACCUACUUGGAUGCUGCGCCGCAGCUCAACCGAGUGAUCAAGAUGGUGAACCCCCACAAGAUCAACCCGAUCAGCCAGAAGCCAGUCGCCUACAAGUUUACGCCAUUGGCGACGCAGACCUUGCUGGCUGACCCUAAGUCGAUUCAAGCCCAGCGUGCUCAGUUCGCCCAGCACCACGUGUGGGUGACUAAGUACCGUGAUGAGGAGUACUACGCCGGUGGCCGCUACACUCUGCAGAGUCAGAAGGAAGCGGAUGGUGUGGCCGACGCUGUCAAGCGUGGUGAGGUGGUGGAGGACACGGACGUUGUGGUCUGGAGCACCUUUGGCAUUACCCACAACCCUCGCGUGGAGGAUUGGCCUGUGAUGCCGGUUGAGAUCUUCCAGCUCAUGAUCCGUCCGGCGGACUUCUUCACCGAAAACCCGGCGCUAGACGUGCCUUCGAGCAAGAAUGGCGCUUCGGUCGUUGUCGGAAAGAGUUCAGAGUGUUGCCGGAAUGCCCACAUUUGA